AUGGCUCCCAACGAGACCUUCGAGUUCCAGGCUGAGAUCUCUCAGCUACUCUCCCUGAUCAUCAACACCGUCUACUCCAACAAAGAGAUCUUCCUGAGAGAACUCAUCUCCAACUGCUCAGAUGCACUCGAUAAGAUUAGAUACGAGGCUCUCUCAGACCCAAGCAAACUGGACUCGGGUAAAGACCUCAGAAUCGACAUCAUCCCAGACAAAGAGAGCAAGACCUUGACCAUCCGGGAUACUGGUAUUGGUAUGACCAAGGCUGAUCUCGUCAACAACCUCGGUACCAUUGCCCGAUCUGGCACCAAGCAGUUCAUGGAAGCCUUGACUGCCGGUGCUGACAUUUCCAUGAUCGGUCAAUUCGGUGUUGGUUUCUACUCUGCAUACCUCGUCGCCGACAAGGUCACUGUGAUCUCAAAGCACAACGAUGACGAACAGUACAUUUGGGAGUCCAGCGCCGGUGGUACCUUCACCAUCACCCAGGACACCGAGGGCGAGCCUCUCGGCCGUGGUACCAAGAUGAUCCUCCACCUCAAGGACGAACAGACCGACUAUCUGAACGAGUCCAAGAUCAAGGAAGUUGUCAAGAAGCACUCUGAGUUUAUCUCAUACCCUAUCUACCUGCACGUUCUCAAGGAGACCGAGAAGGAGGUCCCAGACGAGGACGCCGAGGAAGUCAAGGAGGAGGAUGAGGAGAAGAAGCCCAAGAUCGAGGAAGUGGAUGACGACGAAGAGGAGAAGAAACCAAAGACAAAGAAGAUCAAGGAGACCAAGAUCGAAGAGGAAGAGCUCAACAAGACGAAGCCAAUCUGGACCCGCAACCCCUCCGACAUCACUCAAGAGGAGUACGCUUCCUUCUACAAGUCCCUCUCCAAUGACUGGGAGGAUCACUUGGCCGUCAAGCACUUCUCCGUUGAAGGUCAGCUUGAAUUCCGCGCCAUCCUCUUCGUUCCCAAGCGUGCUCCUUUCGAUCUCUUCGAGACGAAGAAGACCAAGAACAACAUCAAGCUUUACGUUCGACGUGUCUUCAUCACUGAUGAUGCUACCGACUUGAUCCCUGAGUGGCUCGGCUUCAUCAAAGGUGUCGUCGACUCUGAGGAUCUUCCUCUGAACUUGUCUCGUGAGACUCUCCAGCAGAAUAAGAUCAUGAAGGUCAUCAAGAAGAACAUUGUCAAGAAGUGCCUCGAACUCUUCAAUGAGAUUGCCGAGGACCGCGAACAGUUUGACAAGUUCUACUCUGCCUUCAGCAAGAACAUCAAGCUCGGUAUCCACGAGGACUCCCAGAACCGCCAGUCCCUGGCCAAGCUCCUCCGCUUCCACUCCACCAAGUCUGGCGAGGAUACCACCUCCCUGACCGACUACAUCACUCGUAUGCAGGAGCACCAGAAGCAAAUCUACUACAUCACUGGCGAGUCCAUCAAGGCUGUCUCCAAGUCUCCAUUCCUCGACACUCUCAAGGAGAAGAACUUCGAAGUCUUGUUCUUGGUUGACCCUAUCGAUGAGUACGCCAUGACCCAGCUCAAGGAGUUUGACGGCAAGAAGCUCGUCGACAUCACCAAGGACUUCGAGCUCGAGGAGACCGAGGAGGAGAAGAAGGAGCGUGAGAAGGAAGAGAAGGAGUACGAAGGCCUCGCCAAGAGCUUGAAGAACAUUCUCGGUGACAAGGUCGAAAAGGUCGUCGUCUCACACAAGCUCAUCGGCUCUCCUUGCGCCAUCCGCACCGGCCAGUUCGGUUGGUCUGCCAACAUGGAACGUAUCAUGAAGGCUCAAGCUCUCCGUGAUACCUCAAUGUCCUCGUACAUGUCUUCCAAGAAGACGUUCGAAAUCUCUCCCAAGUCACCCAUCAUCCGUGAGCUCAAGAAGAAGGUUGAGGCCGACGGUGAGAACGACCGCACUGUCAAGUCCAUCACUCAACUCCUGUUCGAGACCUCUCUCCUCGUCUCCGGAUUCACCAUUGACGAGCCGGCCUCGUUCGCCGAGCGUAUCCACAAGCUCGUGUCUCUCGGCUUGAACGUCGACGAAGAGGCCGAGACAUCCGAAGAGAAGGCCGCUGAGGAGGCUCCUGCUGGCGAAGCCACCGGCGAGAGCGCCAUGGAAGAGGUUGACUAA